GCUAUUCUGACUAGAGGAUAUUUCCGCUAAACAUCUGUCAACAUACCGUGAAGAAUUUUAUUUUUUUAUGGAGGAAAUAUACGAUUUUUGGGGGAAAUACAUUUUGCGUUAAAGACUACGACGUGCAACGAAUAAUGGACAUUCAUACAGCCUAAAACUACUGAGUAACAUUUUACCAAAAAAAUAUUUUUUAUGGCAAUUUGAAGACCCAACGUACUGCAGCACGCAAGACCACUGAUGUAGGUUUACUCUCCAGAAAAAAUCUGGGCGCACCAUUGCUCGUGGUAUGCCAAAGACCAACGUUGGUAGGCUCAGCCGGUGACAUAGCAAUCGUAUUCUGCGCCACGAACACACCUGUGAACAACAGUCAAUACGAUAUACUCUUAGUAACUAUCUGAAACGGGUCAUUCCACUAUUUGUCCUACACGAAACGGGUUUCAAAAUCAACGGAUUCAAUUACGAUUAUUUCUCGUUUAUUGCAUCAGGUUUGAUCUUGACACGGACCUCUGGAACUAGAAUUGCUUAGUUGCCACCGAUGGUUGUUGACUGUCGGACCUUCAACAGCUUUAAGUAACUGCACUGAGGAGAUACAUACAUUGUCAAAAUCAUGGAAAACGUCGAUCUUUUUUUUUAAAGCAACGAGAGAAAAGUUCUGCGUAAAGUUGUGGUACCGUGCCACUGGAGCGUCGGUAGUGACCGGAGCCGUCUCUUGGUCUGUCCGCGUCGAUGUGUGGAAGUUUCUGAAUCAUCGGAAGGAAAGAUGACUCUUCUCUGUACUGUGGGGCUUGCCCUGGUCGUUCUUUGCGGAGUGGCAGACAGCAGGGUGAUCCUGGAGGGUCUACAGAGGUACGGCCCCAUGCCCACCUAUCUGCCUGUCAGCUACCAGGUCCUGAACGCCGAGGCGUCCUUCUUCCUGAAGGAGGCCAACCAGGACCUGAUGAGGAACUCCAGCCUUCAUGCAAGGAUUGAGUCCUUCUUCAUCCAGCAGGCCCGUCGCAUGCCCUCCAUCAAUGCCAGCUAUGGACCCCUGUCUGUCCAGCAACUUAUUCCCCUGGACCUCUUACAGAGCCCCGGGCCUUUCAAUGGCCCCUCAUUCGCCUCCCCGUCUUCAUCAUUGUCCUCCACUCCGCCCCUUUUCACCUACAACUGGAAGGUUCACACCUUCAUCAUCAGCGAGCGGAUCCACCCUAGUUGGCCCAAGGUGCAGGUGUUGUUCUACGUGGGGGGGAGGGACUGGGAUGACUAUACCACCAUCCACAGACUGCCCUGUGUUAGGAUGUUUGCAUUCCACGAGACUCAGGAGGUGAGGGGCACGUGUCGCCUCAAGGGGGAGCUGGGGAUGUGUGUGGCGGAACUGGAGCCCCUCGCCAGCUGGUUCAGUCCUCCCACCGUGAGGCCUGGCAGGCAGAGAGCUCCGGAACAGGCCCAGGGUACACCGGUGGAGCUCUACUACAUGGUGCAGUCUAUGGAGAAUGGUGAAUGCAGCUCAGAGGACUCCAGGAAAGGCAGUUCCAUGCGCACGGAGCACCAGGGGCCCAUGGGGUACUUCUCUGGGCCCACGCCCAUGCAGCGCAUCGGGAGCGUCCGUCUGUUCCAGCCCAUGUCUGACAUGAGGCUAGACAGUAACUUUGUGGUGAUGGUGCCUACUAGACCAAUCAGACAGAGAGAGACAGUGUCUACCUUCCUGGCUCUCUCUACCCUGUCACCUGUACAGAUCUUUACCCUCAGGGUGAAGUUGAAGGAUGGUGUGGCGUUCCUGGGGGCGCGAGCCAGUAACCCAAUCCUGUGGACGGUGAAUCAGGAUGUCAGAAGCGAGGGGCAUAGGGUGGUCACCCUCCACUGUCACCGCAAGGAGAACACCUUUGGUCAGAGGCCAGAGGCAGGCUACCAGAGGGUCCUCCAAGUGGAUCUGGAGGUGAACGGGCUGCUGGAUCCACUGGGCAGCCGGGUGGUGACAUGGCAGGUGGAGUACCCUCUCACCCGCUCCCUCACAGAUGAGGUCCAGACCCUCAUCCGCCUGGCACCGCAGGACCUGGGUGGCAUUGUGCCACUGGCCAUGGACACAGAGAUCCUGAAUACGGCCGUGCUUACCGGGAGGACUGUUGCCAUACCAGUGAAGGUGGUCACUGUAGGAACAGAUGGCACUGUUAUGGAUGUGACUGAGUCAGUGGAGUGUCAGUCGACCGACGAAGAGGUGGUCAAAGUGUCGGAUCGCUGUGACUACGUGUUUGUUAAUGGGAAGGAGACGAGGGGGCGGAUGAGGAUGGUGCUGAACUUCACCUACAGCUACCUGAGCGCCCAGCUGGAGAUGAAUGUGUGGAUGCCCCGCCUCCCCCUGCUCAUCGACGUGGCCGACCCCGAGCUCAGCCAGAUCAAGGGAUGGAGAGUCCCCGUGGCCGCCGGCGGCAGGAGGUAUGAGAAGGCAAGGGAUGGUGAAGAAGGAGACGGUGAGAGGACAGACAGCGCCUGUGUCCCACAGUACCAGAGCACCCCGGUGCGGGUUCUCACACACUUUGUGGCCCUAGGAGCUUCAGGGGACGGCCAGCAGGACUUCUUGCUGGGCAGUGACUGGCAGGCGGAUGUUACUGACCUGGUCCAGGAUUCACUAAGGGUAGAGGACCAGUGGGUCGCUCGCUUAGCGGAGGGACACGUCCUAAUGGGUCUCACCGCCGGAACGGCCAAGCUGCAGGUGGUGUCUCCCCUGUCUGACUCCAUCCUGGCUGAGAGGAUGGUCCGGGUUCUGGAUGACAAAGUGAGUGUGACGGAACUGGGAGUGCAGCUGGUCUCGGGCCUAUCUCUGUCCCUCCAGCUCAGCCCAGGGAGCAACAGGGCCAUCGUCGCCACGGCUACCACACAGGAAGUCAUGCAGAGACCCAAACAGGAGUCCUACAUCAGUGCCUGGCUUCAGUUCAGCGAUGGCUCCAUGACACCUCUGGACCACUAUGACCCCUCCCAUUUUGUCCUCACAGCCACCUCAUUGGACGAGCAGGUGGUGUCAGUACAGCGAAGUUCGGCAUGGAAGUGGCCCGUCGUCGUGGCAAAGGGCGAAGGCCAGGGGUUACUGGUGCAUGUGGAGAUGACAUCAUCCGAGAUCUGCCAUAAGGUGAAGCGCCGCACCAUCUUGGCGGCCGGGGUGGGAAAUGUUCGUGUUCGGUUUAACCGCUCUGAGGAACCGUACAGCCGCCCUGGGAUUCGAACCCGACCAGACUCGCCCUACUACGGAGACCCCAUCUCUGAUGUGGAGGCCGGGAUCAUGAACCGCGGUACCACCACGGUCAAGGCCCCCAUCCCAGUAAGGCCCAGCGGGGACAAGCUGUCGGCCAACGGCGCAGCCGAGUUCCCUUCUCAGGCGGAGCUUCCACGAGGUCGUAGCACAGAGGACGACCUGUUGUUGUCACGCCGCAGCCUCACAGACCUUGAGAUCGGUAUGUACGCCCUGCUGGGGGUCUUCUGCCUGGCCAUCCUGGUGUUUCUCAUCAACUGCAUCUCCUACGCCCUCAAGUACCGCAGCAAGGAGCUGCCUCUGGAGGCACCCGAGGCCAUGACCCACGCCCACGACUGGGUGUGGCUGGGCCAGGAUGAGGGUCUGUGCCUGCAGCAGCAGCAGGACGAGCUGGGCUCUACGCUGGAGGAGGGCAGCCAGCUGCUUAAUGGAGGGGCCCUGAAGGGAAACUGCCUGGGAGCCAGGAAUGAGUCACUCAACUCACCCACCACAAAGAGGAAGAGGGUCAAAUUCACCACCUUCUCCAACGUCAAGCCCAGUAACGGAUGCCCGGUUCUAAGCCCAUUGGCACUCGGGCAGACCAACGACAUUAAGUGGGUAUGUCCAGAUAUCGAGCUGGGAGACUCGCAAGAGCUCCGGAAUUACAUGGAAAGGUUGAACGAGAACGCUACAAAGAACAUUGUAUAGAGGCGCUUGUCAUUUAAGCGGACCAAUGAGUAACUCUUAACUCACCUGAAUGCCUUCAGACUGAGGAGGGAGUGAGGGGGUGCGUUUUACUGACACUGGCACUAGACCUCGUCAUGACAACAAGAUGGAGUGUUCCAGCCAGUGUUGUUUCCAUGGUUACUGUGGUAAUGGUGGUGGAUCAGAUAUGACACCACAUUGGAUAUGUAGACACUUGAAUGACACUUGAAUUAGUGGAGAUGUGUUUUCCUUUGUCUUUAAUUAAAGAAAAUCUUAUUUCAUUUGUUUUUUUAGGCACAGUUCUCCCUUCUUAACUUUUUUAAUCAUUAUUUCUUUAUGCUAAUGUAUAUGAUGUUGUUGCUUUUUUUCCUAGUCCCUGCAAAUUCCUACAGUCUUUAAAGGCCCACUCCAGACAAUGUUGCUACAUGUAGUUUUUUUGGGGGGAAAAAAUUGUCAAGGAACAGAAGAACUGAGUGAUGGCACUGAAUCAUGUACUAAAUUAACAGAACUCCAGCAUAGUAGGUGGCGGCAUGCUCCUUAUGUUUUUUUGCAGACAGCCAUAAUACCAGGCAUAGAAUAAGUAUUUCCCUGGCUAAUGUUGGCUGGGAGCACUGUGACAGCCAGGGUCCGAGGAUCGCUGUGUUCUAUGUAGCAACUUCCUGUAAUGUUAUCAGAACAUUAUGUCUGUCACAUUACAACUUAUUCUGUAAAGUCAAGUAAAGAAAACAACAUAUCCCAGACAAAAUACAUAUCCUUGAACUAAAUGGUAAUUUUCAUUGUGCUAAAUCAUGUGUAGCAACAUAAUUUUAUGUAUAUCAUGAGUAAUAAACUAAAAAAUACAUCCUGGAGUGGGUAUCGAAGGCCUGGUGCAGUCAAAAUUGAAAUAGAGUUGUGUGUUUAUUCAUAUGUGCAAUAUCCCUCUGAAAUCUUGAAAAUCGUGACUGUGCCCUUUUUUGUACUGACUAAUUUGAUCUGUUUAUACUAUUAGACCAGUAGCUGUUAUCGGGUAAGGGUGUCAGCUCUAGACAACAGGUGUCAAACCGGUUUCACUGAGGGCCAGGUGUCUGCAGGUUUUCACUCUUACCUUGUAUUGUGUUGAUUAGUUAGUUAUCACUAAUUAGUUAGGAUCUCCCCUAACCAGAUUGUGUAGCUUUCAUUUGGGCAUCUAUUUUUAAAGAAAAAACUAAAACCAGCAUACACUAGGCCCUCUCACUCUAGACACUCUAGACAAUCCUAUCAGUCAAUGUCAGUAGAGUAUGUAAAUACCUUUAUGAAAAUAUGACAAACUGUAACACCAAAAUGAUCAGACUGAGCAUCUCAAGGUCUUAAUGAGGCUCAGGGAAAUAUAUUAUUACAAAUAUUAGAGUUAUUUUCAUGAAAUAAAUUCAGUGAUUUAUUAGAUACAGAGUGAUGAUUUAAAAAUGUAGUUACAAAGACUGCACUCGGCCUUUGAACAAUUAUAGAAUCUCUGAGAGAAUUGUUAGCUAUUUAAUCUAUCAUAGUUGUAAAUAAGUCAAGCUGGGAAAUCAGUUUGGGGUAUGAGAGGCAACAUUUUGUAAAGUGUUCUGUAUUUUUGUAAUUUUUCUUUAGUCUGUCCUACUUUUUGCGUUUCAUUUUGUUCUCCAGAGACCAAAAUGCAUGCUACUGAAAACAAAGACAACGCCUGUCUAUGUUCCCGUUGAUUCGUUGGAAUGUGUACAUACUGCUGAGUCCUCCCUAUGAGACACGUUCAUCUCUCACACAUCUCCCUGUCAAAACCAUUAUGUAUACCGAAUCUCUAGGUUAUAGUGUUUCUGAUUCCUUUUUUUCUUUCCUUUUUAUUAGAAGACAACGUGUCUACUCCUUACCGCUUGUGACAUUAUUUUGUUGUUACAGUAAUGAUUCCCAUGGCUGUUUCCAAUUUCUAGGUUUAACCUGCAACCUUCAUGCAGGUUUUUCACAAUUCUUAUGUCAUUACUUUAAUUCUGAACAUACCUGUACAUUUUGAUGAGAGUAACUGCUGAUGUCUUGUUAAAUUAAAUAAUGUUAUCUACUUAUUCCACUUUUGGAGGGGCCAUAAUCACUCUGAAUUAUUUCACUACCUCUGAGACAUACAGUAUUAAAAGACAAACACACAAUUCAUUACUGGUCUAUUACCUGUCCCAAUGGUUGGUGCAGAUCAGUAUAGCAAGUUAGUAAAGGGAGACAUUAAACUACAUUGUUAUGACAUUUGCUGCCGAGUUCCAGAUUAAAUAGUAAACGGCUCUAACUCCUGAUUCUUUCAUUCCCAACACCUCCUCCCAUACCAUCAGUCAGACUCACAGAUGUCCAUCCCUUACUCUUUGUAGAAUGGCCUCUGGAUUGAUUAAAACUAAAGGUAACUACUUUA